GGGCGUUCCGGCCGGGCCGGCGUUUCCGGGGGAGGCGGCGGCGCUUCCGGCGCGGCGGGAGGAAGUGACGGCGGGUUUGUUGACAGCGGAGGCCGCACGGGGGGAGCGGGGCCGAGCAGGACGCGGAGCCCGCCCCGGGCAGCGGCACCAGCCCCCCAUGGCGCCAGCUGGCCCCAUGUCCCUGUAAAUCCAUCCCGGAACUUCAGCUGAGGAAAAGAUCUCCUGAAUCAGAAGCUUCCUCCUGCUCUUGCCCUUCCCACAACUCCCCCCAGGAUGGCAUCCGACAGCCCCGAGUCGCUGAUGACCCUGUGCACCGACUUCUGCCUUCGCAACCUGGAGGGGACCCUCUGCUACCUCCUGGACAACGAAACGCUGCGGCUGCACCCCGACAUCUUCCUGCCCAGCGAGAUCUGCGACAAACUCGUCAACGAGUACGUGGAGCUGGUGAAGACAGACAGCAUCUUCGAGCCCCAUGAAAGCUUCUUCACCCUGUUCUCAGACCCGCGGAGCACCAGGCUGGCUCGGAUCCACCUGCGGGAACAGAUCGUGCAGGACCAGGACCUGGAGGCCAUCAGGAAGCAGGACCUCGUUGAGCUCUACCUGACUAACUGUGAGAAGCUGACAGCCAAGAGCCUGCAAACCUUGGUGAGCUUCAGCCACACACUGAUCUCCCUGAGCCUCUUUGGCUGCUGCAAUAUCUUCUACGAGGAGGAGAACCCCGGGGGGUGUGAGGAUGACUGUCUGGUGAACCCCACCCGCCAGGUCUUGGUCAAGGACUUUACCUUCGAAGGCUUCAGCCGCCUGCGCUUCCUGAACCUGGGCCGCCUGAUCGAGGGGGUGAACGUGGAGACCCUGCUGCGGCCUCUGGCCUCCCUGGCAGCUCUGGAUCUCUCUGGGAUCCAGCUCAGUGACGUGGGAUUCCUCACCCAGUGGAAGGACACUCUGGUUUCCUUAGUGCUUUACAACAUGGACCUUUCAGAGGAGCACAUCCAAGUGAUCGCACAGCUUCGCAAGCUCAGGCACUUGGAUAUCUCCCGAGACCAUCUGUCCAGUUAUUACAAGUUCAAGCUGACCCGGCGGGUUCUGAACCUGUUUGUGGAGAACCUGGUGAACCUCAGCUCGCUCGACAUCUCAGGGCACACCAUGCUGGAGAACUGCACCAUCCCCAGCAUGGAGGAGAAGAUGGGCCAGACAAGCAUUGAGCCAGCAAAGAGCAGCAUUGCUCCCUUCAGGGGGCUCAAACGGCCACUCCAGUUCCUGGGCCUUUUUGAAACGUCCCUCUGCCGCCUGACACAUAUUCCAGCCUACAAGGUGAGUGGAGACAAGAACGAAGAGCAAGUCCUGAAUGCCAUCGAGGCUUACACGGAGCACCGGCCGGAGAUCACGUCCCGCGCCAUCAACCUCCUGUUCGACAUUGCCCGCAUCGAGCGCUGCAGCCAGCUGCUGAGAGCCCUACAGCUGGUGAUCACAGCCCUCAAGUGCCACAAGGAUGACAAAAACAUCCAGGUGACGGGCAGCGCGGCGCUGUUCUACCUGACCAACUCCGAGUACCGCAUGGAGCAGAGCGUGAAGCUGCGGCGCCAGGUCAUCCAGGUGGUGCUCAACGGCAUGGAGUCCUACCAGGAGGUCACAGUGCAGCGGAACUGCUGCCUGACACUGUGUAACUUCAGCAUUCCCGAGGAGCUGGAGUUCCAGUACCGGAGGGUCAACGAGCUGCUGCUCAACAUCCUCAACCAGAGCCGGCAGGACGAGUCCAUCCAGCGCAUCGCUGUGCACCUCUGCAACGCCCUGGUCUGCCAGGUGGACAACGACCACAAAGAAGCUGUGGGCAAGAUGGGGUUUGUCAUGACAAUGCUAAAGCUGAUUCAGAAGAAGUUGGCUGAUAAAACGUGUGAUCAGGUGAUGGAGUUCUCCUGGAGUGCCCUGUGGAACAUCACUGACGAGACCCCAGAUAACUGUGAGAUGUUCCUUAACUACAGCGGCAUGAAACUGUUCUUGGAGUGCUUGAAAGAAUUCCCAGAGAAACAGGAGCUGCACCGCAACAUGCUGGGCCUCCUGGGCAACGUGGCAGAGGUGAAGGAGCUCCGCCCGCAGCUCAUGACCUCGCAGUUCAUCAGUGUGUUCAGCAACCUGCUGGAGAGCAAAGCUGAUGGGAUUGAGGUGUCCUAUAACGCCUGUGGAGUGCUCUCCCAUAUCAUGUUCGAUGGGCCAGAGGCUUGGGGGAUCUGCGAGCCCCACCGAGAGGAAGUUGUGAAGAGGAUGUGGGCAGCCAUCCAGAGCUGGGAUAUCAACUCCAGGAGAAAUAUCAAUUACAGGUCAUUUGAACCAAUCCUCCGACUUCUUCCCCAAGGAAUCUCCCCAGUCAGCCAGCACUGGGCCACCUGGGCACUCUAUAACCUGGUCUCUGUCUACCCUGACAAGUACUGCCCACUGCUGAUCAAAGAAGGUGGCAUCCCCCUCCUGAAGGACAUGAUCAAAAUGGCCUCAGCACGGCAAGAGACCAAGGAAAUGGCCCGGAAAGUUAUAGAGCACUGCAGUAACUUUAAGGAGGAGAACAUGGACACUUCCAGAUAGAGGCACUCCCCCAGUGCCUCUUGCCAGCACUGUAUCCAGCUUCUCUCUAACUCACUGUACAUAGGGAGGACUCUUUCUUACCAACUCGCCCGUUGGAAGGAAACUUUAUGUGUGUGUGUGAGACCCUCAGUAGAUGAAGGUGAACAGAGGAGGGGGGAGGGACUUUUUGCACAACAAAAUGCUUUCCUUAACUUAGUGGACUUUUUUUGUUAUGAAGUUUCAGGUUGAAGUUCCGUGUGUAUGAUUUCUGUAUAAAAAAGAAAACAAAAAAACAAAGACAACAACUACAUUAUGUAUCUUUUAACCUUUUGAUUUUAGACCACACCGAGAGCCUCAAAUGACCAUGAGCUUGAAGACCUAGUUGUGUGAUCACUAGUGUGACAUGUUUAUUUCCCACUUUUUAGAGAAUUCCCUUUUUGCUGUACUGCAUGAGGUCCUGUAAUGUCUGCAAGAACACCAGUCCUGAAUCAGCACUGGCUGCUCAGUGGGGCUGCAGGCAGGGAUGAGUUAUUUUAUUUGGUCAGAAAGGAUGGGGGACACAAUACCAGAGAGACAGACCAAAAGAACUGACCUUUUAGUGAUUAUUUAUAAAAGGAGAAAAUCGAGAAGAAAGAUCUUUUAAGUUAAUUCACUCCCUUAAGGGUUUUUUAUAGAACCUCACAUUAAUGGAAGCACUGCUAACUGUAUGUGGGUCAUCCAGAAGUAAAACAUUCCCAGUUAAAUCAAGAGGUCUGUUUUGUCCUCCCCAUUGGCAGUGCACCCUCAGAAGGUCAGGGAUGACCAGUAAAACCAGUUACACAUUCUUGGCUACACAGAGCUUUUCUCUCAGAGGGAGGCACCAGGUUUGUUCACAAAGGGCUACACAUCUUCAUUCCAGACCUUCACCACCCUUUAGUUGUGUUUCUUUGGUGGGGAAGGGCUACAAAGCCAGAGUGUUUCUCUGCAUAAUAAACUCUCCCAGGCCCUGGUCCAGAGCAGUUGUACCCUGAUGCAAGUCCCAGGAAUGGCCUGGAGCUGCUCUGCCCUUCCUCAGUCUGCAUCAGCACAAGCUGUGCUCAGUGGCACAGCUAUCCCCCUUCACAGGACUCUCCCUGCAGCACAGCUGCUGGAGCUGGAGGUGCUGAGGUCCCUUCCUCAGAGGGGGGAGUCUCCCUGCACCCUUUGCAGGGCAAUCCCAUGAAAUAGCCCCUCUAGUUCCACCCUCUGCUCGGAAGCAGAAAGCCCCAAAGCACCGCUGUCUGACUCCAGCAGCACCUCCCAGUGCAGCCCCACUGCCCUCAGCAGCUCUGCUGCAGUUUGAGAUGCAGGUGAGAGGAGAGUCCCACCCAGCUGGGCUUCCCCUCUAACACUCCAGACCUGUAAGGGCUCCAGAACCCAAAGGUUCUCCCAGCCAGACACUCAAAGCACAGCGUGCAGCUCCUGCUCAGAGCCCACUGCUCACCACAGCCCUGUGACAAGUCACAAAUCUGCCCUUAGAAGGGACUUAGGGAAGAUCUUAUGCCUGGUAGCAGGAGAGGAGCCCACAGGCACGUGAGGUGGGACAUUUCAGGCCUCUGAGCACAGUAACUCGCUGCUCUCUCCCCUCGGACACGUUUGCUCUCAGAUUGACUCGCUGCUAUGAGGUUCUGCUAAUGCUCAGAGUUCAUGUUGUCCUUGUGAGCACGUUAGAGACAGAUCCUUGAUCCACAAACUGACACUUUAACUGACAGAACACAGCUGCCUGGACAGGUUUACUUUUUCUGCCAAUAUGGUGUUAUUCAAUGUCUUUUUUUUUUUUUUUUUCCUCUUUUUAACCAUAAGUCAUUUGUUUUGGUAUUGUGAGAUCUGUACUUUUUUCUUUAAAGUAUUUUUCAAACUUAUAUAUAUUUUUGUGUCACUUUCAAAUUGUUUUCGUAAGAUUUGCAAAACUUGACAAAUUAUACUUUUUUGCAGUCGUUUAAAAUGUAUUUUUCUCUCUCUUAUUCCUGUUCCCCGAGAAUUUGUGUCUCUAAAGCUUUGAGAUGGGGAAGCUUUAUUUCAAGGUAUGUUUUCUGUGUAACCUUUGCUGAUCUUCCUUCUAGAUGCAAAACUAAGAGGGGCUGCCAAUCCUGCCAGGCAGCCUGGGUGUGUUAGGGCAGUCAGGUUUUGCUCUUUAAUUCCAUUUGGUGCUGCUGUCCUGAAGCUGUUUCACUUGACAGUGCCACCCACCAGCUUUGCUUCCUUCCCAAUGCCCGUGUAGUGAAAGCUCCCCCCACUAAAAACUUGACUCACCUGACAAAAAGCACUGAGGAUUCUGACUGUGUUGGCAAGGAGGGAGUGGAGCAGAAGGGGACACGGCACAGAGGGAGAGGUAUCAGAAACCCCUGUCCCCAGAGCAACAGUGGAACUCCCAUGUCAGCUGGAGCAGAGCUCAGCCCUGCAUUGCCAUCCAAGCCAAGCAGUCAGCCUUUUCUCUGGGAUUUUGGCACAACGACAUCAAGGCUAAUGAACAACCUGUGACUUGGUUCCAUCUGCCUCAAGACCCCAAAGGUUUGGGUUUUCCAAACCAGUGCCCCCCCAAGUUCAGCUGUUACUGCUGCAUCCCAAACUAACAAGCUCCAAGCUGCACCAAAGCUUUGUUUCCUCCUGUAAACCUCUGUCCUCACUGCUCACAGCCCCUCAACAAGCUGUACCUGAACCAGCAUGAAAUGAUUGCAAAUUCCCAGCAACCAGGAGAUCAACGGAGUCAGGCCAGGCUGCCAGAAAAGCUCAGUCUGAGCUGAAAUCUGUCACUGAUCCCAGGGGAAGGGGGAACUACAACAGGGCACUUACAGCAAGCUACACAUCAGACUUUGAGUCGGGCCACAGCAAGGUAAAUUCCUGAGACAGCACGAUAAAAGAAGUAUCAUCCCUGUUAGAGUCAUGUAAGCUUUGCCUACAAGCUUCUGUGUCUUCAAGCCAAGAAUUUGUGAGCUGAGAAAUAAAAUUUCCCCUUCAGUAAGGAGCAAAAGAGAGGAAGGUAUCCUCUGAACACCUGAGCACAAUCCAGGAAUUCUGGAAUUGGAAGUGUGAAAGGAGUUUGUAGCACGGUUUCCCUACCUGAAACAACAGGAGUGACCUGAAAGCACUUUUUGGAGACAGAGUUAAUGCCAUAGAUCCAGAGCUGAGGACAGAGCAGGAGAGCUGCCUGCAGGUAUCAUAUCAGCGUUCUGCAAGGAGGGGAGGGUAAAGUGGCUGAUUUAUUUGUGAAGGUCUAAUGUAAAAGGGGAAGUCAGACCCUGAAAUGCUGGAUCAAAGGAAUGAACCAGGAGACUUUAACUCCACCCAGAACGAUAGAGCCAUUCACCAGUCCUGCUCAGAAAAGCAGAACAGGGUUGUCACCAGAACUGUCAAGUGAAAACCCAGUUCAGGAUGAGUAAACAUGGCAGAGGUGCUCCUUGUGCUCAGUAGCUGUUGGCCCACCCAGACUCUUCUUCAUGAUUUCACCUCUACAUUUCCUUCAGGAUUGCAAAGCUUGGCAAGCAGAGCACAAACACAACUCAGCAGCUCCCAGCACAGACUGUGCCAACAAAGGAUCCCUCUGCCUGGAGUUUCCUCCCUGGCUGGAGGCUGCCCUGUCCUUCAGUGGCCCCUGGCUCAGCAGGCAGUGCUGGGCAACUUCCCACAAGUGCUUCCAUUUGACAAGAUCUGUGGGAGGAAUUGCUUGUAAGGACUGGCAUCUCCUUGUGUGAUGCCUAACACCCAUCAGCACCAGACCUUCUCAUCUAGACCAAGCCAGGAGAGUUUAGCACUGAUAUUUGUGGCAAUCAGAGCACUGCAGAUAACUCAUCUGCACCAUGGCUGCUGUUUCCCUGCACCUUCCAACUGAAAUGUUUCUCUUCAGCACUAAAUCCUACCCAGCUUGUCACCUUGGCUGGGCUUCUUCUGCUGCUGUCACUGCUCUCUGCAAAGGAUGAGUGGGAAGAAAAGUCUUGGAGCUGUGAGCUGAGUCCCUCUCAUCACCUGAAGAAGGCAAUUAAUUACCAGUGGGACAGGAGCUCCAGGGGCACUGCAGUCAGGGCAGUAUCCAUAGGAAAGACAUUUCCUUAAGCCUGUUCAGGGAGGAGCCUGCCACAGCUCAGGUGUCAGAGGGCAGCUUGUGCUAGGAAAAGAGAAUUAAAAGUAGGGAAAGAGCUGGUCUCCACGACAACCAUGUGGAUGAAGCACAGAGGGCAAUAGGGAUGGAUGAAAAGGAACACGUGGGCUGGAGGAGAAGACAGCACUUAAAUAAAGGUUGAGGGAGAUUUCCUGCUGAACUGAAACACUUCUGCUUUAGCAGACUUUGUUUUGAUUUCAUAUAGUUGUCACUGAUUCUAUCCCUGUAACUCUUCUCUUGUUUUUAAAGAAGUUUUUAGGCUAACCAAAUCUGUAUCUCCUUGUUUUGCUGAAAGAAAAUCCCCUCCUUUAGAACGAGCUUUUCCUCUGUCCAUGGACCUGCCUGAUGUGGGGCCCAGUUCAAAUGUUUGUACAUGGUGAAACCCAGCAAAAAAAAAAAAAUCAAAAUGCACAACUGCUGCUUCCUUACAAUUCUGAAUGAAUUAACUUUUCUGUUGUAUCCUUUGGAUACCCGCUGUGUAUUAAACCUAGUGCUCAACA